AUAGAUUAUUAACCAAUCUAAGCAAAGGCGUUUACUUUAUUUUUGGUGAUGGUGUGGCGGCGGUGCUGACAACUGACAGCAUGCACUGUUUCACUCUCAACGCUGCCAUCACUUCCAAGUUCCAUUCCUUCCUUCGUCAUCCUAACCCCAACAACUCUCCCUUUUCUUUUCUUUUCUUUUCCUCCAAACAGAGCUCACUACUCACAUUUUCCCGAAAAUACGAUGGAAACCGAUUGUGCCGACAACUCCAAUUGGCUCUUCGAUUAUGGCUUAAUCGAAGGCGAAGACUACACGGGGGCGCUGCCGGCCACCACCUGCUUCAGCUGGCCAUCGCAGGCCUGUGAUUUAGGUGUGGAAUUUGACUGCUCAUUUGGGGAUUCAGAAGGCCUUAUUGAAACUGGUUCACGCAAAAGGUUAAAGUCUGAAUCAUGCAGUGCAUCUGGCUCCAAAGCAUGUCGGGAGAAAUUACGGAGAUAUAAGCUGAAUGAGAGGUUCCUGGAAUUGGGAUCUGUCUUGGAGCAUGGAAAGCCACCAAAAACAGACAAAGCUGCUAUUCUGAGUGAUGCUGUUCGCAUGGUGACUCAGCUACGAAGUGAAGCCCAGAAGCUGAGGGAGUCAAAUGAGGAUUUGCAUGAGAAGAUUAAAGAACUGAAGGCUGAAAAGAAUGAGCUCCGCGAUGAGAAGCAGAGGCUAAAGGAAGAUAAGGAGAAGCUGGAGCAGCAAGUCAAAGCCAUGAGUGCGCAACCAGGCUUCCUGCCUCAUCCCUCUGCUGUUCCUGCUGCAUCUCAGGGGCAAGCUGCUGGUAACAAGCUAAUGCCUUUCAUCGGUUACCCUGGUGUUGCCAUGUGGCAAUUCAUACCAUCCGCUGUUCGUGACACAUCACAGGAUCAUGUGCUUCGUCCUCCAGUUGCUUAAGUUGGAUGAUCAAAUGGUUGGUGGUUAGAUCCCAGCCACCAUUGGGAGAUCCAACAGUGUAACUUGUUGCCAUGGCUACAUUGAUGAGCAUGCCCGUAACAGCCAAACCCACUAGUGUUCUCAGCAUUGCCAUUUCAACCACAAUGUGGAAUUCAGAAAGCAGAAGUAAAUUUCAGAGGAAAUUGUAUGCGUUUCGGUUCUGAGUUAGGAAUUGAAUUCCAUUUAUAUACACAGGAAGGCACAAAAGACAGAGUGCUUUCACAAUGAAGAUAAUAUUAGUUUUAUCCAUGUCUUGCUCAUUUUAAUUAAGUAUUAUGAAGACAUGCCACCGAUAGGUUGUUUCUUAGGAACUUCUCAUCUCACCGUAUUUUUCUAACACCUUCAAUUUAAUGUUUAUUUAUUUUUGGUC